GGAUCUGGCAACACACUUUAAAGGGACUGUGGUUUGUUUUUACGGGACUACUUUUUUGUGUUCCUCCGAGUAGCGGAAAAUAGUUCUCAGACCGAAACAGAAUCUGGGAUUAAAUAAAUUAAUUAAAUAAUCCCAGACUCGGAUUAUUUACUGUACUUUAAAAUUCACCAUAUUUAAAUUUAUUCCAGUAUUUUUCUGCGGUAAAGUAUCCGCGGCUGGAUCUAUUUUUUCGGCACCGGCUGCUCCGCUUUCUUCACCGUAGGCCUCCGCCAUCUUAGCUAAAUUAGAAUAUUGUUAGUGUAUUUUAGUUAUUUUUAUUAUUUUAUUAAUAUUUAGGAGUUUAUUCGGGUCUGAGAGCGGGGCGCGGGGCUGGAUUCUCUCUGCGGGCUGAUGAUUGAAACAGAGACUCAAUGCGACUAACCCAGGCGCUCUGUGGGUAUGAAGUGGUUGGGAGAAUCCAAGAACAUGGUAGUAAAUGGAAGACGACAUGGGAACAGGUUCAGUGAACAACCGGGGAGCCAAGCUCGUACUCCACAUCUGCGCCCCGCCAAAAACACCCUCAGCAGCAGGAGAUGCAGCCGCCGUUUCAGUGGUGAACCAUUGGAGGUGGAGAGGCGUCACGUCCCGUCCUCAGGAAUGACAGCUAAGGAGCUGUGUGAGAACGAUGACCUCACCACGGGCCUCAUUCUCGACCCUUACCUUGGGUUUCAAACCCAUAAGAUGAAUUCCAGGUUUCGACCAAUCAAAGGAAGGCAAGAGGAGCUGAAGGACAUCAUAGAGAGUUUUAAAAAACACAACAGCUUAGAACAAGCUUUCAAAGCCUUAACCUCUGGAGACUUCUCCAGAAAUCAUUUUAUCCCCAAGACCAAGGCCCAGGAGAAGCUCUUCAAACAGCAUGUGUUUGUUUAUUUGCGCAUUUUUGACAGCGAGAGUGGGUUUGAAAUAUUACCCUGUAACCGAUAUUCGUCUGAGCAAAAUGGAGCCAAAAUUGUGGCAACAAAAGAAUGGAAGAGGAAUGAUAAGAUUGAGUAUUUGGUGGGUUGUAUUGCUGAGCUCUCAGCCAGUGAGGAGAACAUUUUAUUGCGUCACGGGGAAAACGACUUCAGCGUCAUGUACUCCACUCGCAAGAACUGCGCCCAGCUGUGGCUCGGACCUGCUGCGUUCAUUAACCACGAUUGUCGGCCAAAUUGUAAGUUUGUGUCAACAGGUCGAGACACCGCUUGCGUUAAAGCUCUGAGAGAUAUUGAACCGGGAGAAGAGAUCUCCUGUUAUUAUGGUGACGGCUUCUUUGGAGAAAAUAAUGAGUUUUGCGAAUGCUACACGUGUGAAAGGCGAGGCACUGGUGGUUUCAAAUCUAAACUGGGUCUCCCUGUGGUAGUUCCAGUGAUUAACAGUAAAUAUGGACUGAGAGAGACUGAUAAGCGACUGAACCGGUUGAAGAAGCUGGGAGAAGGCAGCCAGAACUCCGACAGCCACUCUGUUGGGUCUCACACAGAUGGAGACACUCAGGAUUCACCAAAAAUACAUUCAUCAUCUAGGAAAAGGACCUCCACUAGCACAAGACUGAGCAAAACCAGGACUCAUGAUGGACAGCAGUCUUUCUCAAGAGCGUGCACAUCUACCUCACCUUCCAAACACAGUCAGACUAACAACAGGGUACCAAAGAAACUCAAAUCCUCAAAACCCUCGAAGCCUUUGAUCACCAACAUCAAGCUACGGAGCCAGAGCAGAGGGCCGGAGGCGAACGCCUCUGGGAAAGUCGUUACGGGCCCUAAGGAGCCCAGAGUCUGCAGGAACGUCCCUGUUAAAAAGGAGCCAAAGGACUCGUUUGGAGCUUUUCAAUCACUACGUUCGAGGGACUGCUUAGCGCGGCACGGUGCGAAGGAAAACAAUCAGCAUGCUUUAUCAUCGUGUCAAUCUUCGGCGACGUUGGAGAAGACUGGUCAGUCUUGCACUUAUGGAACUCGAAGGUCAAUCAGGACGUUGCUGAAGGCGCAGGAGGUUGGUAAAGGCGUAAAGACUGAGCCGAGCACUUUUGGAGACCAGGUGCUGCCUGGUGGUUUUGGCGCUGGCGUCGUUGUUAAAACGGAGCCGGCGGACAUGGAUGAGUACCUUUCGCAUGCAGAUGGGUUGUCUCCAAUGACGAUGAACACACCAGAACUGGAGGACAGAUACGCAAGGAGAGUUUCUCAAUCUCGAAGUCGGCGGUUUAGUCAGAUCCAGCCGGUCAGCGUGAUAAAGAGUGAGGACUCUUUCAUUCCAACGUUUCUACCAGAAACGCAAAUCACUAGUGUCCAUAGUGUCCGAGAUUGUGGUGCAACGUUGCCAGCCUUUUCUGAAAGGUUUGCCUAUUAUAACACUACGCCAAACGGCAUCAAACCCAAGAAGCACAGGAGCAGGAAAGGCAGAAGUAGAAGGAAACUGGGCAAGGCAAGGAAGAAGCAUCGCAGAUUCACACGCUACGAUUCGCUCAUUCUUGACAACAGCACCGGCAUCCCUAAGCUGACCUUGCGUCGCCGGCGCGACAGCGGCAGCAGCAAGUCCAACGAACCCAACGAGCGCCAAGUUAACUCCUCCUCCUCCUCCACCAAGAUCAGCAUCAAGCUCAGCAAGGACCACAGCAUGGAUCCGGGGAUGGACUCCUACGUCACGAGGUUGAACAACGGCUUCAAUCCCACCACUCAUGCUAAAUCCACCAAGCUGAAGAUCCAGCUGAAACACGAGGACGUCGGUCACCACAUCACACCGGCGGGGCUCAAUCAGAGCAGCUUCAACAGAACGACUUCACUGGAGUUCCUGAAACGUGAAGCUGAGAAUCACAGGAAUCACAGGACUAAUAGGAGCAGCAACCAUGUGGACAAGCAGCUGUCUUUGUCUUCUGAUGAGGACUGUGAGGAUAAUGAGGACGAUGAUGAUGAUGAAGAUGACGAGGAGGAUGAUGAGGAAGAUGAUUUCAUCCCACUUCCACCAGCAAAACGUCUCAGACUCAUCGUCGGGAACGAUUCAAUAGACAUCGAUAUCUCCUCCAGGAGGAGGGAGGAUCCGUCGCUAAGGUUCACUACGUAAACUCUGAUUGGUUUCUUAAGACCAAUAUGACGGAGUUUUAGGGCAGUUGUUUAAAAAAAUAGUGAAAUAAAUUAAUUGUAGAUUUGGGGAUUUUUUUUUUUAUUAUUUUAAGAAUAAAAUGUUUAUAUUUUAAGAAAAAAGUUCUAAUAUUUGCGAGAAAAUUAAUAAUAAUUCAAGAAAAAAAAGUUGUGCGCUAAAACAUAAAAAAAAUAAGGUCGUAAUAUUGUUAAAACAGUAAUAUUUUGGAAAUAAAGUCGUAAAAUCGAGAAAAGUCAGGGCAUAUGGUGUUUUAAUAAAUUUUAAUAAUUAAAAAAAAAAGAGAAUGAAGUUGGAAUAUUAUGAGAAAAAGGUUGUAAUAUUUAGCACUCUUUCUAGAAUAAAGCUGUCAAAUUUAGACAGCUUUAUAUAAAAUGAUAAUUCAAAAAAAGAGUUGUAUGGUAUGGCAUUUCAAGAAUAAAGCCGUAAUAAUGUUUAAACUAAUAUAUAAAAAAAAAAAGCUGUAAUAGUGUUUAAACUAAUAUUUCAAGAAUAAAAUCAUUAAUAUUUUGAGAAAGGUCAAAUGGUAUAUGUUUUUUGAAAACAAAAAGUACGAAUUAAAGUUGAAAUAUGAGAAAGUUGUAAUAUUUUGAGAAAUGCACCAUUUCUAGAAUAAAGGUGUGAAAUUUCGAAAAAAAUUAUAAUUCAAGAAAAGAGUUAUGGUAUGGCAUUUCAAGAAUAAAGCUGUAAUAUUGUUAAAACUAAUAUUAAAAAAAAGAAGCCGUAAUAGUGUUUAAACUAAUAUUUCAAGAAUAAUUAUUAUUAUUUAAUUAUAUUAUAUUAUUAUUUAUAUUUUGAGAAAGUAUUGUUUAGAUAAACAAAAUUACACUUUUAGAAAAAAGUUGUACUGUGUGGCAUUUUGAGAAUAAUGUGGAAAUAAAUUUGAGAGUAAAGUCAUAAUAUUCUGAGAAAAAUAAUAAAAUUUAAGAAUAAAAUCACAUUUCGUGAAAAAAAUUGAUUGUUUGGCAUUUUAAAAAUCAAGUAGAAGUAUUUAGAGAAUAUCAAGAUUAUUUAGUUGUAAUAUUUAGAGAAAAUGAUUUCAAAUGCCGUAGCAUACAACGUUUUAACUCUAAUUAUUGCGACUUUAUUACCGAAAUAAUGCGACUUCAUUCUGAAAGUCUGCUAUUUAAUGAUUUUUUUUUUUUAUCACAAACCCAACUGUACAUAAUAUGUCCUAGUAAUUCUGUGUCCACUUUACAAUGAAAUUACUUAGAAGAAAACAUGAAAAAUACGUGUAAAUAAUUAGUAAACUGACGUAUGUCGGUAUAUUGUUUUAAUAAGAUGCUUCGGUCGUGAUUUUGAAAUGGACAUGCUGUUGUAAAAAUGUGUAUGAUAUAAUGAACUAUUUACAGAAGUAAGGUGUGUGUGUGUGUGAGAGAGAGAGAGAGAGAGAGAGAGAGAGAGAGAGAGAGAGAGAGAUUUCUAACAGGGUGCUUUUCUAGAAUAAUUUGGGGGAAAUCAGUGACAGGUCUUGUAGCAUCAGGAACAUUUCUAUGUGUUUUUUUUUUAUUGUUGUAUUUUAUUUUCUCAUUUUAAGAGCUCAGAGCACAAAGUUGUCUAUGCCAUGAUCCAAACAUAACAAGACUUUUUAUUUUAAAUGCUAUUUUAAAGUGUGAAAGUCCAUUAACAUAUUUACACUACAUUUACAUCUGUUCACUUCAUCUCUGUUGAGUAGCAGAAUUGCUACUCAAUAUCAAUGCAUAAAAAGUGUAAGCAAGUGUAAGCACCCCCAGAAGAUGGUCUGAGAUGCAUUUAAAUCUGAUACAGAUCUGAUCAGUUAAACCACUUCAGGAAGUGAUCUGAGACGCUUUUAAAACAUGCACACCUCUUAAAGUGGUUUGACUGAUGCAAUUUGGGUCUGUUUUAAAAUAGCUUUUGGUGUAUUUACACUCUUGUGUAGAUUUUUGCAUGUUAGACAGAUUGACUCCAGAAAUUACUAUUUUUAUUUUUUACCUGAUGUUUUCCUAGACUUCUCACUAUUGACAACAUUCCAACAACUUUGUGAAGAUGAAGGCUGUACUGAUGCUUUUUUUUGUGGAAGCUUUUUAAAAUAUAGAAAUGAUUUUGAUUAAAAAGAACAAUUGGUCUGACUUGAA